AUGAGCAUUCCCGUUGACGCGCAAUCUGUCCUAUCGCACGAAGAUGGCAUCACGCACGCCAUCGUGCACUACGUUGCCCUCUACGACAUUGACGCCCGUGGCUACACCCGAAGUUACUGUUUGGCCUAUGUUGCGAAUGACCUCUCCAAAGUCAUGCAACAUUACACAGAAAUUGUCGAGGAGCUUGAUAAAAUGGCGCGACUUUUGCACUACAGCAACUAUCUUGAUGUCAUGGCGCAAAUCUCCAACCGCCUUCACCGCUUGGAAGCGACGACCGACGACAUCAUUCAGUCGCAAAUACCCGGUGGCGGCGAACAGCUCGAAAAAGCGCUCAUAGCACGAGCCCAACAACGAAAGGACAUGCUCAGUCUUCAAAGCCACGUGGAGCAGAUCAUGCGCACAGAUAGCCAGUACAAUGACAUCAUGGAUCGGCAUGAGCGUAGUAUGCUGACCGACUUGGACUUGAGCACUGCGCCGCGCACAGCCCGCCAGCACCGGACUUUUUCCUUUAACAGCACUCGAGGUGCUUCUGGUCGGCGCACAAGGAGCCUCUCGUUCACAGACCGGAUAUCACAGCUCUGUCAGCCCACUGCCAAUGACGAUUCACCAAUUGACUUUUCUGUGAAUCGAGAUUAUCUCAAGUCGCUGCGGCCAUUGAGUGACAUCUGCCAAGCUCACUUUUAUCGAGUUCAGAACCAAAUUCGGCGGUUUUACAAGCACUAUCACCGCAACGCUGCCGUUUUGGACAUUGAACAAGAAGAGGCUGCCCUGUUGAUACACCCGGAGUUCUUGUUGACAAUUGGGCGUUGUGUAGUGACCUCAUUUUUCGUGCCGACCUGCCUCCGCACUCACACCGCCUAUUUUUGCUGUUCCGCAUCGCAUGGCUUGGCCUGUAGCUCGGCCUCGACAUCCAUGAUCUCGGACAUUUACACGGACAAUACUUCCAUGGCUUAUAGUGUCAACAGCGACGUAUUCCUGGAUGACGGCGGCGCGCCCUAUAAUAACCCCUUUUGGUUUGACUAUGAUGCAGCCCGCGAUAGCAGUGCAGGUGGCCUUGGUGAUGAUGACCUCUCCCUCUACAGCGCUCGCGAUGACUUGAGCACGUUUUCACCGCGGGAUCGCAUCACAAACAUCAUGGCAGUGCAUGAGGCACAACGCUGUAGCUCGCCGCGCGCCGACCUUCGGUCUGUCGAGCCCAGCAAAGGCCGAGCGGCUGUGGCUCGCCUCUUCCCAGUACUUAGCGAAGAGGAGCCAGCCACACCAGUCAAUCGGCUCGUCACCUCUACAGAUACACUUCGCCUCGACUCGGUGGAAUCGGUUGAGACCCCCCACCCUAAGACCCCCUUGGAUCAGCUUUCCUCUGGCAUUGUCGUGUCCGUUCACGACGAUUAUGCCUCCUCCGGCCCUCCGGAUGAGGCCUCGCAAGCAUCCAACCACUCUUUGCGUCUGCGUACCAAUCGGCGCCCUCGGUUUCCGUUUCAGAGUGCAGCUGAUCAUGUCAUCAGCGACAGUCGAACCAAACCGGGCACCGGGCUUUUGCAGCUACGAGCUGAAAUUCCCUACCUCAAACACAUCCUUUACGCCCUUUUCUCGGGCGUUCCAACUUUGGUCGUGGGCGAUGAGAAGGAGGUUCGCGGGGUGAUUCGUGCGCUUAGCUUUUGCGUGCCUUGCCAUUAUGAUACUGCCGUCGUCGAGUGGUGGCCUGAGUCUGAACUGGUUUUGCGCGACUUGGCGGCGCUUCGCUUGAUUGGCAUGAGUGUUCAUGCUGCCAAGCAUGUCUCGCGCGUGGCCAUCUCCCAAGUGGCCAUCUUCGACAUCAACAGCGAUACAUAUUGGGGGCCCCGCUACAAGGGCACGUUUUUGGAAAAAAUGACUUCUCGAGCCAUUCUGUUUCCGGAUGAGACCACAUUGCUUGCACAUAUGCAUGAGAUCAUGCUCAAGAUGAGCUGGAAGUCUUUUCGCCACUUUCACGACACUUGUCUUUCUAUCAUCGACGGCGUACGUGGCUGCUUGGGAUCCUGUUGA